AUGAUAACUGUUUACCAAUGGGGGAAGGAAAAAAAAAAGAAAAACACCGACAGCCAUUCUGAUUGGUCAGUUCGAAAGCCAGCGGUUACUGUUGGAAGCGCGAGAGAGUCCGGUGUCCGUGUGAUCAUGGAAGGAAAUAAACCACUAACGGCACAAGGUGAGAGCAGCGGAGAUUGUUAUUGUACGGACUGGGCGGAACCCAGCACAUACACGGUCUGAUAGCACUGCAUCACAUGACACACACAUGAUCUACCGCAAUGCCCAUCAUCCAUGAUCUAACCCAAUGCCCAUCAUCCAUGAUCUAACCCAAUGCCCAUCAUCCAUGAUCUACCGCAAUGCCCAUCAUCCAGUGAUUACCUGUCACAGUGCCCAUCAUCCAGUAAUUAUCUACCACAGUGCCCAUCAUCCAAUACCUACAGAAAAAGGAUAGGGGGCACUCCCCAGACCUGCAUUUUGUAUGAAAGGUGCUGCCGCAGUGACCAAACAUCCAGUAAUUAUCUACCACAGUGCCCAUCAUCCAGUGAUUACCUGUCACAGUGCCCAUCAUCCAAUACCUGUCACAGUGCCCAUCAUCCAGUGAUUACCUGUCACAGUGCCCAUCAUCCAAUACCUGUCACAGUGCCCAUCAUCCAGUGAUUACCUGUCACAGUGCCCAUCAUCCAGUGAUUACCUGUCACAGUGCCCAUCAUCCAGUGAUUAUCUACCAUAGUGCCCAACAUCCAUUACCUGUCACAGUGCCCAUUAUCCAUUAUCACAGUUGUUUCCCUUUUUUGAUGGGGAAAAAAAAUAAUACAUUUUUGAACUGAAAUAUAAUUUUACUAACAUGUUUGGUUUUUGUGAAUGCCCCUCCCCCCAAAAAAUAAACUAUAUUGCUGUACCAAAUGUCCCCAAUCUAACUCUCUGCUAUUAACUUCACUAGAACAACUCAAGCAGAAGCUUCUUGAAUACCUGGCUGUCAAGGGGAAGCUGAAACCUCAGAAUAACCCAAAGUGAGUAUACUCUACCUCAAAAAUAACUGAGAUUCUUCACACUAAAUGCCUUUUGGGUCUUCACUUGGCUAUGAAGACAUACUUUUCUCUUUGUAUUGUUUCUUGGAACAUACAUAUGUAUGUCAGCAAGAGAAAAUAUUUUUGUUAGUACUUAUCUAUGUCCCUUGUUCCCUAUCUGCAUGGUUUAAUAUUUUCACUACUGGCAGGUGUAACUAAUCGUAAUUGAAAUGGCUGUGCUUUCACGAGAAACGGUAUGAACUCUAACAUAGCUUUUUGUAAAAGGUUUUUACACUGCCACUGUGAAAUCAAUCAGCAGUGAUGACUACUGCAAGUCAUAGUUAUUUUAUUACCUAGCCUAAAUAGCUUUUACUUUUUUCAUGAAUGAAUAAAGUGGCACCACUUCAGUGAAAAUUGUAUUCCAUACAUACUGUAACUUUCUUUUCUUAAAGGACCACUAUAGGGACCCCCUCCCGCCUGGCUGGAUGGCGAGUUAAGGGGUUAAACUUACCUCUUUCUCCAGCACCGGGCGGGGAGCUCUCCACCUCUUCUUCUCCUCUUCGGCUGAAUGCGCAUGUGCGUCAGGAGCUGCGCGCGCAUUCAUCCAGUCUCAUAGGAAAGCAUAAUUUUCACAGUGAGAAGCAAGCAAAAGCCUCUAGCGGCUGUCAAUGAGACAGCCACUAGAGGCUGGAUUAACCCAUUUAUAAACAUAGCAGUUUCUCAAAAAAAAAAAAAGGGGGGGGGUUAAUCCUAGAGGGACCUGGCACCCAGACCACUUCAUUAAGCUGAAGUGGUCUGGGUGCCUAGAGUGGUCCUUUAAAGGAACACUAUAGGGUACAAACAUGUAUGCCAGACCCUAUAGUUUAAAAACCCCAUCUUGCCCCUCAAAUUUGGUAACAUCUUACUUGUAUUCAAGUCUGCAGCUGCUUUCCUAUAGGAUUGGCUGACACUGUCAGGGAGGCAGAUCAGGGGCAGAAACAGCACAAGCCAAACACAGCCCUGGCCAAUCAGCAUCUCCUUAUAGAGAUACAUUUAAUCAAUGCAUCUCUAUGAGGAAAGUUCAGUGUCUCCAUGCAGAGGGUGAAGACGCUAAAGGAAGUACCUCUCGCAGCCAUGCAAGGAGUGUCCAGUGGAGGUAGCCAUAGGAAUUUUAAUGUAAACACUGCAUUUUCUCUGAAUAGAAUGAUCAUACUCACCAGAACAAAUACAAUAAGCUGUAAUUGUUCUUGUAACUAUAUAUAGUAUCCCUUUAAUGAAAGGUUCACUAUAGUGUCAGGAAAACAAGCUUGUUUUCCUGACACUAUAUAACCUUUAGGUCCCCCCACCCUACCCUCAGGGCCCCCCCUCCCGCUGGGCUAAAGGGGUUAAAACCUCUUCAGCUACUUCCAAUGCCGGGCCCCCUCAGCGCUGAUGACCUCUCCUCCCCUUCCGUCUUCUCCCAAGUGGAGCGGAAUGCGCAUGCACGGCCAGAGCUGCGCGCGCAUUAAGAAUAGAAAAGGCAUUUCUUAAUGCUUUCCUAGGGACAUUCUGCACGCUGAAUGCGAUUUUCGCAUUCAGCGUCGCAGAAGCGCCUCUAGCGGCUGCUAUGUUUACAUCUGAAGGGUUAAAACCUGGGGGACCUGGCACUCAGACCACUUCAUUGAGCUGAAGUGGUCUGGGUGACUGACUAUAGUGGUCCUUUUAGCAGCGUUGUUUUGUGGGUAGCUCCUCCCCUCAUAGCAGAAAGUCUAGAAAACAGUACUGUGAAAUUAGUAUAACUUUAAUGCUGCUCAUUCCCCAAUUGUAAGUUUAGGACUAGAUCCACAACCUCGGAAGAAGAAGGGUGGGACAUAAUGCUGCCAUGGCUAUAAUUGUGAAAAGAAUCUUAUUGUAAUUAUGGAAGUGAUUUUUUUAUUUUCGUAAUCAAACUAUUGACCCAUGGGUAAUAACCAACCUACAUGUGUAAUGGAAUGCACCAAUAAUUAAAGUAUUUAAGUAAUAGCUAAAAUGUACAAUAAGCAUUACUGAUCUACAUAAAUGUGAACUUCUAAAAGAGCAAAAUGUGUAAGUAUAGAUUGGCAAUAGUGCCCUCAGCCUAGACCCAACAGUGAUAAUAAUUAAUAUAGAUUUAUCCGUACUUGUUCAUGAGUAUAUAGCUACCAAAUAAAAUAAAUAACUCCUACAUAUGCAGUAAACACGCAAAUAUUCCACUCUUUGAUAGACGCCUGUUUUUUUUUUUGCUAAAAGCACAGGAUCAUCGAUAGCAUGUAUCUUAUGGCAAGUGGACUUAGUCACAUUUGUCUUGUACACUGUAUACUUUACCUGAAAAAUACUUGCCUCUUUUUCUGUACUCAGGAAUGUAUUAUACAGUUAGGCAUGCCUUAAAGUUGAGAUGUUAGCGUCUCUUGUGUCCCCUGGGCUGCAGUAUACAGGUAAACUCCCAUGAAGCUUGGCCAUUAGCAGAACUUUAUCUAGCCCCGAUACUAGGCCUAUAAGACUUGCCUAGAUGCUCACUAAUAGCCUCCUAAAUGUAAGCCACAGUUAAAGUUUCAAGAGUUACAGAAACCCAUAUACUAAUUAUUGAUGCACAUACUUGAGAGAGGAAAGCCACACAAAAUAGCUGGGAUAGAUAUAUUUGAACUGAUUCAGAACUAUGUUCCACCAAAUGGAGAUUUUGCAAACUGACAGUCUAAUUUGCUUUCAGCUAGAGGCUUCCUUAUGUACCAAAUCAUCGUUGCCAUCUCCUUAUGGUGAGUGCUUAUGUCAAACCCCUGAUCAUUAAAAGUUUACUGGGUCUUCAGAGAAACGAGGCUCAACCCUGGGUAGCUUACAGAAAUGGGCAUAAACGAAAAUCUUGUUUAAAGCAGGCUCCUUCCUAAUUGGAAAGGAAAAGAUUGCCUUAAGUAUGUCAGCAGUAUUAGAGCAGUAUUUCUGCUCUCAGGGUAGGAGAUACCAGGAGUCAAUACUACCAUGGUUUGAUAAGAGUUGAUUUGAUUUGUUAAUGGAUUUGUAAUCGACAUGAAUGUUGAGUAUUUCUGUACACUUUAACUAUCCAAGGUUUACUAUUUCCAGACACUACCUGAAAGAUACCACCAAUCUUCAAAAUAAACCACAGGCUCGUUCUUCUAAACCUACACAGGUAAGCAGUUAGAAAACCAUUUCAUGCACCAGAAUGCACUUAUUAACAUUGUAGUAUAUGUAUUGAGAGUACAGAGUGUGAAUUUUAUUAACCUAUAUUUUUCUCAAGGAUACAAAGCUGGUCUUCCAAGGGCAGAAAGUUAAACAAGCAAGUAAUAUCACAGUUCAGCAACGACCAAAAGCAGCACCUCAAAAAAACCUAAAAAUCAUUAAACAACCUGGGGGUGCCAAGUUACACACUGGUACCAUACCUACAAAAAUAAUUCAGACUGAUACUAGGAUUGACCAGCAAAAGAAUGAUGUCGACUGUAAAACACAAAAAAACAAAGCGGCUGCCGUUUCACUUCCCACAAACUGUGCAAAGGAACUGGAUGUUGAGGAAGAGGCAAGCCAGGGAAUUUUAGAGGCUGAUAUCAAAGAGGGCUCUGUUAAUGUUGAUGCCGAUAACCGUGAAAUCAGUCCAAUAAACAUUGAGACUGGACAUGAUGAUAAUGCAUCUAACGUAAAGCAGAAUCGGCAGCAAACACAUAGGAUAAUUCAGUUGAAAUCCUCAGCAAAUCAUAUGAGGAAGAAAACAGAAAAUUCUAGUAGAGUUGCUUUAACACUUAGAAACCCAAGCAAUACCAAACAAACUUCUUCUUGGAACAUUCCAAAGUCUGCCCCUCUUGCUACAAACACCCAGAAAACAUUGAAUAAACCUACUGUGAAGGCUCAAAGUGGAAAUACUUGCACAGUAUCUAGAGGCAGCCAGCUUGCAUCGCGACCCAUUGUUGGCACCUACAAGAUUGUCUCCUCUAGAUCUGAGUUGUUAAAUCCUAAAAUUACUAACUGUGUAAGCAAAGCCACUGGGAGUGUCUGUGCCAUAAAACAAAACCAUGUUAAUACCAGCACUAACUUGAAAGGUUCUUCAAUCAAUGGGCCAAGACAGCCAAAAUUGACAACCGUGACACAAACUGCACUAAACAAAGAGCGCUUUAACUCACUAAGUAAACAAUCAGCAAAAACUCAAGUCUCAAAGCCUGUCUGCAGGACAUUACCUACCAAACUCCAGACUAAGAGUAGUGCUACUUGCAUUAAACCUUGGUUUAAAGCAAGAGGUGAAACAGUGUCUUCAAGGAGUCAGACACAGAACAGUAGAACUGUGCGUGCAAAAGAUAAUGGUCACCCAGAAACUGCCAGUAAUGUUACACACAAGCCGUGUGUAACACCAAAGAUGGCUACUGAAGAUCGCAAGUAAGUUUUACUCAUAAGUACUGAUGUCUUUAGGGCACGAUGUAUAAGAACUGGUGUAUACCAGAAAUGUCAUUUAUGCAAGCUACAGGUAGACAUACAUAUUUAGUUUAUGCCAUGAGUUUGUGAUAUUGUCAGAUAAUUCCUUAAUCCCUUUUGUGUCUCAAAAUGAUUUGUUGAACUCUGACAUAAGCUUCUUUGAUCAGUUAGUGAGGGAGUACAAUAAUACUUGCAGUUUGUUUUUCUUUUAUUCAAAUCACUGUUAUCAGUCAUUGUGUUGGGCCAUAGUGACAGGUUGUCUCCCUGUACCAUAUCCUAUGUAAAGAGUAUAGAUUAAGUACCCAGAAAAGUAAAACUAAUCUAGCACAGAGUUAGACUAAAUUCAAGGGAGAAGGGAAAAAAAAAAAUCAAACGUCUCUGUGGAUCCCAAGGUUCCUGCUUUGUCAUGUGUACCAACUGUGGCAGUGUGUAACACUGUAUCCACUGCUGUCUGCAGAAAAUGUCCCAAAGUAUCAAUAGUAGCCUAUAUCGAAAGGCUUCUAUAGAUACCCAGACCACGUCAGAAGUCCGUGUAACACUCUGCCACACUCAGUGGAUAUGACUAAUUGGUCACCUUGGUGUAUGGUCUAUGUCUUAUAUGGUCUUCCUGAAGAAUAACAGUUUUUAUUUAAUUUCUGGCUGUUUCCAUUAACCCAAGAAUUUGAUCUGGCUCUGUGCUAGAUUCGUUUUACAUUUCUGGGUACUUAUUUAAUAAUAAAGGGUUAUUCCCCUUCCUUGGGUGAAGUUUAAACACACAUUUUAGAGUAUUGCCUUUAACUUUGGAUGGUUUUGCCCCUCUUUGUUAAGGAGCAUAGGUUGUUAUGUGUCACUUGUGAGUAUUUCAUAAAAACAGAAUCCUCAUGAAAUCUUUAUGAAUUUCUAUUCUUUAAAGUGAAAGUAAUUAUACAUUGACUUGUGUCAUGGCGUGCAGUUUACAAUCACAAAGGACAGUGUGCACAGCUAACUUGCCGUUUUGACAUUUUUGAAGGGGUGUACAAAACCAUUGUAAACCAUGAGCAACGUAUAAAUAGAAAAUGGGAAUCAGGGAGCAUGAGAGGUGGGAUUCAGUUGAAAUUCCAAUACUAUGAAUAAAUACUAUAAGACAAAGUUUGCUAAUGCAGCACUUCUGCCAUCAAGUUUUGUCAUUUUGUGGGGGGGGGGGGGUAAUACCGGGUUUUUUAUUUGUGGGAUCUGUAUAAAGCUCUGUUCUGUACUCUUGCACGUGUAAAAUGCAGUGUCCGGAAGCUGGCAGUACUUGCAAGGGAAUGCCAUAGGUAAGUGUAUCUACUGUGACCCCCACAAGUGAGGACAGAGAAACACUUGGGGAUCAUAGUGCAGAAUAUAAUGUGAAAAUGGGUCUUUUUUAUUGACUUUAGGAAGCAGUUGGAAGAAUGGCUGAGCACAAAAGGAAAGACCUACAAGCGCCCACCUAUGUCUGUGACUGUCAAGAAGACCGUGAAAAGCAAGAAGCGUGACAUUCAUAACUCUUCUCUGUGGGCGGAAAUAGAGGAAGAGGAGGAGCUCUUACAUUUGUCCGAAAGAAUCAACAGUACCCUUAGCGAAUGCUUGGCUCUUAUUCACCAGGUAAAGGUUUUUAUUGUGAAGAAGAAAAAUAUCUUAGUCUAACUACCUUAUCCUGUACAGUAAGAAAGUGGUGGGGGACACCCAACAUAAAACACAAAACCUAAGGUGACACCGGACAUGUUUUGUGUUGCUUUAUCAACAUACCUUGCAUUUAUAGAGUAUCUAUGCUGGACAAUAAAUGUGUCCAGUGCCCUCUUAGGUUUUUUGUUUUUAAUUCAUUUUUUUUGUUGUGCAAGUAAUAACAAAUAGGCUGGAUACGCCAUGACAGCGAUACCAUAAUAGCAUCAUGGCUGUACCGGAUCCCCUAUACUCCGGCUGAGUAUAUCCGUUAGUAGUCUCCCAAAUCCCAAGUGCUGCAGUGAUUAUAGCUCUCCUGUGUCCAGCAGAGAAGUGAUUAGUGCUCUCCAAUCCCCCAAACAGGUGCCUAAAAUUCAUGAAGGGCUAAAACGAAUGUGUUUAAUGGGAGCCACACACGGUCUUUUAUGUAACUCCCCACGUAAGGGGUUUCCUUAAACAUAUUGAGAGAAGACUAGUUACAAGAAAACAUUCCACACACUCCUCCCCUGUGCUGGAGAGAUAAUUAUUUGAGCACACAAACACAAUUAAAUUCUCUCUCAAGUACAAUAUAUGAAACCCCCCUGAUAGCCCUGAUCUGGAUGACCAACCUGUCCAAAAAUCACCCACAACGGUUCAGGGGUUCGGGAUUUUCAUGGAAGUCCAAUUAUUUGACCGACCAUGCAGGAGGACCUCCUGCCACCUGCUCCAAUGUAUAACUCUGGGGUCUUGCUGGGCAAGGCAACAGUUAUCCCCUCUGGAGGCCUCCUGUUGUUCCUUAAGGGAAAGGGCACAACUCUCCCCUCUCCGGGAUAGACAGCACCAUUGGGGAGAAAAAUGGAGGGCACCAUAUCCCAGGCACUGGCUCUGCUGAAGGUGCAAAACCAGGGUGACUUGGGCUCCCAUACUAGGGGGCUGGGGAUCCGGGCCAACUGCCCAGCAUCUCUGUACUCCAGGGAUGGAGACCACGGUUCAAUCCACCCCUCCCAUGCAAAAAGCUUCACAGACUUGUUGGCAGAGAGCAACGGUGCUCUGCCCUGAUGAAUAGCUCUUCCGCUGGGUCGGUCCUCGGCUGUUGAUGAGAGAGUCCGACUGUCUCUACCCCCUGAAACUCCUGCUGCAUUUGGGAAUCUGGAAAGGCUACCUAGCCUCCCUAUCGGGUUGAUGCAGAGACCUCGGUCCCAUCUGUACCCACCGCUCUACUCGUCUUGUCUCCUGAUACCUGGCACUGCUGCUGGGGAGAGGAACCGGUAGUCUCCUCUCCCUUUGAACCAUUCUGCUACUGGGGAGUCGGACCACCUGUCAAUUGUCAUGGAAGUCAAUUAUUUGGCCGACCGUGCACAUGGUCCUAUGCCCAAAACCGUUCCAGGAUAUCAGGGUUAACGGUCGGUAAGUUACUUAUGUAGCCUGUUCCCCUUGUUUGUGGGAACUUUUACACUGAACAGUGCCUUUCUAAGUGGGGUAGAACCGAACGCAGGCGAUGAUGGUAGUCCAGCGUCUUUCGGGAGUUUGUGCCUGAUUUUUAGUUCCGUGAGAUUUAUGCCCAAGCACCGCUGCCUGCGUUUACGGGAACAAGAUGGCCGCCACCUCGUGGUUGUUCAUGUGAAAUGCGGCCACCCAGACGAACACUUAGAACACUUUAGUGGAAAUUGCUACAAAGUAUCAAUUAGCCUUACCAAGCACCCGGGUGGUCUCUGGUUCGUGCGGCUAUUCGGUUCCCAAACAAUAUAAGCCCAAUUGCACAAUCCGAGCCUUUUUUAGGUGUAUUUUGCAUGGCCAAUAAUACUGGGGCAGGAGGCUGGCUAGCAGGCUCCUUUAGGAGCCUGUGACGAGGUUCGGUUCGUCACAAUGGCAUAUAGAGAAAUUGCUAAUUUUUAGUAUUAUGAUAACAGGUUAGUAAAAGUGAAGGUCGGUAGGCAAGUAAAGCUAAACAUUCUAGAAAUCAGGCUAGAGUAACGUUCUGAUCAGUAUUAGACAGCACGAUAGUACUGUGGAUUGAUAAGUUACAAGAUGUGAAAACAAGACUAGGCUUAAUGUGAGGUUUAGAGCAGUAAACAACAGUGAUUCGCAUUAUACCCAGUCCUGUAGUGCGUAAACAGACUUAUUACCACUGGUUGUAUGUUGAAUGUGACAAUGAUGAAGGUACAGAUCAAAAAUAUAACGUGAAACAUGACUAUAAGCCUCUAGAGUUCAGGUAUUACACCUGGUGCAAUGGUAGGAGCCUCCAGGCUCGCCCUACUCCACUGCUGGGCCAUAAGUGAAGGCUAGCUCCACUCCAGGCAUGUUGUCUCCACCUAUUGGCACAGGAUGGUACUGGCUGUGUUGCUGCCCAGGAGAUAGUAUUCGGCUUUGCUGCAAGCUACUGCAGUCUCGGCUCUGGGUUGUGAUGGGAGACCCUUCCUUGCGUCCGCGGAUUCCCCUGUGUGUGUGUGUGUGUAACAGAGCUGUUGCUGGUCAGUUUCCGGAUCAGCGCCCAGGGCUAGGGAAUCAGCUGUUUACAUAAAAAUGGUCCAUAUUUCUUAGUGCAAAUUUAUUUAUUUAUUUUUUUUAUUGCACUUAUAAUCUGGUACUUGCAUGGAUUUGCUUUGUUGAUUUUUCGUCGGAUUUGCUCUAUGUGCAAUUUCCUAUAUUCUGUCCUCAAACAUUACCUAUUGAUCCAAAUGCUUGUACUCUAGUUUUAGAUGGCAAUGUGCCGGGUGCUGAACCAAAGGCUCAAAAAUACAGAUUUGUAAAGUAUGACCGCACUCUUGGUGUUACUAGGCACCAAUUUAAAAACUGCCUUUUCUCUCAAACGGCUGUUAACUACAGUGUCCCUUUAACUAAAAUAUAAAUAGUAGGAGCUUAGGUGGAAUAAUUAUUUUAAGUUGGAUGUAGCCUGAUUUAUUUAUCUAACAUAAGAAACUUUGCUUGCUGCUUUUUUAGCUUAUUCACUCACAUUACUUUAUUUGAUAAAAAUCAGUACUAUCUCACUUGUUUAUGCUGACUUCUGCUGAUCAGUUACCAUAUGAUAAUGGUCUGCGAGCAAGAAAAGCUAUGGGGGGAGGGGAGUAUAACAGUUUAUUUCAGACAUUAGUUAUUCUUUGUAGUGGAAAGGAAUUCUGUUUGUUACUUAUGAUUAAAAAAACAUGUAGGAUAACCUUGGUAAGAAGCUGCAUAACCAGAGGACAUAAAUGGCAAUGUUCUUUGUCGACUAACCAUUUUAGUCAACUAAAGUUUUUUGAGAUUUAGUCGACUAAAACAAUAUAGAAAAACAACCUUCCUCUAAAACAAUUCAGAUGACUAAAAUACAACUAAAACUAAAAUGGCAUUUUAGUCAAGACUGUGACUAAAACUAUAUUUAACAUUUGCCGCUGCACAGUGGGGCUGGCUGUGGAAGGGGCAAAAGAUACAGACGCCUAGAGGGCCUGGGAGGACAAAAAGAUAAACAGAGGGGCUGUGGAAUGGGAAAAAGAGACUGAGGCUUUAACUAAACCCAUUAGAUUUUAGUCAUGUCAAUUAAAAUCUACUGGAGAUUUAGUUGACUAAUAAAAUUCAGAUGAAUAAAAUUAAAAUGGCUUUUUAGUCAAAAGACUAUGACUAAAACUAAAUUGAAAUUUGCUGCCAAAAUUAGCACUGAUAGAUGGGGGCUGGUUAACAAUUGAUCUUGGUAAUGUGCUCCUGUUCUAUCAACCAUUUUAUUUUCUCCUCAUAGGGUGUACCCUCUGAGGACAUACAUGCUACCUUGGACAAGAUUCCUCAGGCAAAGAAGUUUGCAAGAUUCUGGGUCUGUAAAGCCAGACUUCUUGAGAGAGAUGGAAUCUUUGAUGUUAUUGAGUUGUACGAGAAGGCAGUCAAGUUUGGAGCUUCGGUGAGUCUUUUUAAAGUCCUCUCCAAACUGGGGCAAACAUUCUCUAUCUAGAGCCAUAAAAAAAUCAGAAAACUUAAUAAGAAUGUUUGGUUUCUGAUGCAUGGGAACCAAUCCAUAAUUAUUGCAUUUUCAUUAACUGAAAAAGAUGAAUGAGAACCCAUCUCACUAGUAAACGGAAAAUAUCCCUACUUUUUAUCCCUUUUUAAUGAGGAAAUAGAAGUGGCUGUACACUCUUAUUACUUGAAUGAGGAAAACGUUGAACAGGGCAGAAAGGAAGGAAUGAACUGUAAUGGGGACCAAAAAAUAAAGAGAUGGUGCUAAAAAGAGUUAAAACCUUUUUUAAAUUUACUUUGUCUAUGUAGGAUUAAAAGAAGACCUUGUUCUUUAUAUGUGAUAUUGGUAAUGGCAAACCUGUGUUAAUCACCGUUAUUCUGUAUUUUACAGCCAAUUGACGAGCUGAGAGAUGUUGUAUUUGAUAUCUUAAAAUCUACAAACAAAAAACCAAAAGGUGAUUUUAUAUCCUUUUGUUAAAUUCGUGUUUAUGCACAAUUCCCUGCAAAGGUAUUGAGACCCCUUGUCCAAUUCUUACUUUUAACUUUUGUGUAUUAUCUGUACGCAUUUAAAUGCAAAAAUAAUUUAUUUAAAGUACAUUGGCGUUAUGAUGAAAAAAUCCAACAUUUCUACUCUAGAAGUCAGGCUGCACAUCCAAAGGAAAGAUGUAAGUCCUAUUCUCAAUUCUACUGGAGUCCACCAGCAUCAGCCUCUUAGCUGAAACAGCCUGCAGCAAAUCUGCCAAGGAAAUAGUUACUCCCGACUGGUGUGCAUACUUACACCUAAUGACUAGAGGCGGUCAUUAAAGUAAAAUGUGCGUUAACUAAAUAUUUAGAAGAGGGUUUUGAAUACAUGCGUAAGCAGCAUUUUUCCAUUUUAAAAUAUCUGCGUAGAAAUAUCUAAUUUUAACUUUAAAAUGUACUCUUGGAGCAGAUGAGUUUUCAAUAAAAUACUGUUUCAACAUUUGUGAUAUAUGUAUUAUUUCAAGGGAUCAGGGUACCUUUGCAAGACACUGUAUGUACACUGUAUGUAUAUGUGUUUCUCUCAAACUGUUCACCUAAUUUUAGCUGGCUUUUCUAUAUUUUUAGUUGUCCGAUUUCAAACUGAUUUAGCCAUUGAGAGUCAUGGCGAUGAGCCUGUAGAAUGCUGCAAUAAUCAGAACAGAACAAGUACCAAGAUAAACAGAGUAUCUACACCUUUCAAAGCGGUAGCCACCAGUGAGCAUGGUUCUGCCAUCAAGUUUCAGGUGGUUUCCAGGUAACCAUUUUACUGUCGAAUUACCUACUUUAAGCAAUAAGGUGAUUAAUAUGAGAUGCCUUCUAAAAUAAUUUUUACGUCGGGAAAAAAGAUCACCUCUUUUUUAGUGUUAAAUUCUAAAACUCAUGUGAGCAGGGGAUGGCGCUGGCCCCCUUGUACUGAUUCAAAUCUAGAAUUCUCUAAAUGUCCUUGGGCAGUUGCACAAAGGAGAAUUAAUAAAAUGCUAUUCUCUCCUCAACACCUGCGUAAAUGGUCCUAUUUUCGAUUGUAUGCCACCCUCUAGAUAUAGGAGGCUGCUUUAAAAGGACACUAUAGUCACCUGAACAACUUUAGCUUAAUGAAGCAGUUUUGGUGUAUAGAACAUGCCCCUGCAGCCUCACUGCUCAAUCCUCUGCCAUUUAGGAGUUAAAUCCCUUUGUUUAUGAACCCUAGUCACACCUCACUGCAUGUGACUUGCAUAGCCUUCCAUAAACACUUCCUGUAAAGAGAGCCCUAUUUAUGCUUUCUUUAUUGCAAGUUCUGUUUAAUUAAGAUUUUCUUAUCCCCUGCUAUGUUAAUAGCUUGCUAUACCCUGCAAGAGCCUCCUGUAUGUGAUUAAACUUCAAUUUAGAGAUUGAGAUACAAUUAUUUAAGGUAAAUUACAUCUGUUUGAAAGUAAAACCAGUUUUUUGUUUGUUUUUUUCAUGCAGGCUCUGUCAAUCAUAGCCAGGGGAGGUGUGGCUAGGGCUGCAUAAACAGAAACAAAGUGAUUUAACUCCUAUAUGACAGUGAAUUGAGCAGUGAAAUUGCAGGGGAAUGAUCUAUACACUAAACCUGCUUUAUUUAGCUAAAGUAAUUUAGGUGACUAUAGUGUUCCUUUAAGAUCUAUUGUGCACAUUUGUAUGAGAUAAUUGUGCCAUGGAAUGCUUGUGGAAGUACCAGCAUGCAAUCUCAUGCACUGGAAGAAAGUCCAUUUAAUUGUUGCAAAAGAGGGAUUUAUUGUGAUGUGAUGAGGGUGCUAAUUAAAGGGGACAUUGUAGCUUUAGAAAUCCAUAUCUGCAUUCCUAAUACUACUGUAUUGAUGCCCAUGCUUGGCUUUAGACUGCCUGCCUGCUAAUAUAAAACAGAAAUAAAACAAAAAUAAAUAUUUCUUCUCUCCAGCACCAGUGUUCCUUUAACAUAUUCACUGCAAUGGAUUAAAAUAGAACAAAAUGAGUGAUAAACCUGGAGUGCUUCUUGUAACACAAAUGUAAUUUAUAUCUUCCAGUUAAUGAUUCAUCUAUAACCUGUAUAAUUAAGAUGACAUACUUUUCCCUGCAGCAAAAAGAAAGAGCCUGCCAGCCAAGAGUGGAAAUUCCUAACCCCUAUACGGAGGUCUUUACGGAUCAACCAGGCAAUGUCUUGCUAUCCAGAAACCUUGAAGGAACAUGACACCGUAGUGGCCUCACUUACAGAGCUGUUGGACACGGCAGAUACAGAUGCCUACCUGUACACAAGAAAUGAAGCUCUACCAGAGGAGGCAGACUUACACCUUCUUGAACUGAUGAUAAAGCAAGACUCUACCGAACAGAGUGAAGGACCAGUAUGACAUACCCCAGAUACCACUUAUGGCUUGUAAAAGAAAGUACAGUGCACUGGCUGUCCAUGCAUCUAUGUACUCUGAGCAUCUGUGUCAAGGUUGCCUGCAUUACCUGCUGCACGUUGCACGAAAUGUAUAAUAUGGCUUUUUAAGAGUCUAGGCUAACUUUAUUUUGUCAUUCUUCUAUUUCCGUGCAACUGGACACCAGUGAGAAAGUCCAUAAGCCGGAAAUACCAGUUCACGCUAACAUCUCUUUUAUCUAGCAGAUGGUUUUGCUAAUAGACUAUGUCAAGAAUUUACUGGUAUGGUGUUUGCUGCUUUUUCUUUCCAGAUUUGAAUUGAGACUAAAAUUAUUUACUUUGCACUUAUACAUGGUCUUCUUAGCCCAGUAAGACUACUAGCAAAUUUGGUAAUUUUUACCUUCCAUCAACCGGCUGCCAAUAUGAGUAAAAUGUAAGAUUUGAGUCUUAAGACUGGAUCUUCAGUCUCUCUCUGUUAUGUAACUUUUUCACCGCUUUCUUCAAGCAUGCAAUAAUUACACCCAUCCUACAAAAUAUUCUCGUCUAACUGUAUCUAACUUCAGUCUCAUCGCUUUUAUUCCAUUUAGCAUGGAGGUUGCUUGAGUGGUUUGUAAUAUACCAGACUAACUCUCUUCGUUCCAACUCUCCUCAGCCAUCCUUAGUCUUGAUUACACACUUAGGACUAUUGCUCGGUGUCUCUUUCUGGUGACCUUAACCGGUCAUUUGUUCAUAUCCACAUCUGCAACUCCCACUUAUAGAAAUACUGUUGGUCUGCAUUUUUCUUGUAGAAAGCCAUUGUCUUGGACACUCACAAAUGACCGUGUCAUUUCUGUCUCUACUGCAGUCUACCUUUAACACAAAUUAUCUUUCCUUUUUGCCCUUUGCCACAUUACUGUAACGCGGGCCGCAGGUUGGACAGCCCUGCUGUAAAGGUACUCUCAGCAUUUUAGUUAAAUUGAGAUUGCAUAACUGUCAAUUUCAUAUACUUUUAACCUUUCAACUUGCUUUUAACCUCUUGUGUAAUUGUUCUCUAUGUCCUCUAGACUGAACAGGGUUGUCCAUAUCUCCUGUUCCAGUGUUCUCACUGUGUCUCCCCAAUACCAUCCCUCCACCCCAUUGAAUAGAGCUAAAAUAUUGCGCUCAGCAAAUGUAAAAGAAUGUUUACUGUGCAGUGUUAUUAAAUAUGUCCCAUGUUAUUGUGGACAAUAAACAAUGCAAAAAUAUAUAUAUUUAACCCAAUUUCACUCUAUUGAGUGUUGUUUUGUUUUUUUAAACUUACCUUAUUUAUUUACUUGUAUCUGCACUAAUUGUUGUAUUUAAUGGCCAAUACAUUCUUAUAGUAUGUCCAAUGUUCUUGAAAUUACAGUUUCAAGAUAAAACACAACUGCUUCAUGUCAAGUGGAAGUAGGGGGCUAACUACCCCCAUUGAACUGGUGUGCAGUGUAAAUCUCUGUACAUAUACAUACAAGAGAUACUGUAAGAGAAUUGGUGUGAAGUGUACAGUAUGUUUUAAUGCCCAAAUUUUUACGUACCUCUGUCUAUAUAUCGGGUUAAGAACGCAAAAUGGCAGGACUGGAUAUUCCUGCUUACGCACAGGUGGAGAAGUCAGAUUAAUUGAAACUGUUUAACUCACCUCUGCACGGAUGCCCCAAAACUGACUUGCUUUGGAUCUUUUAGGCCUUGAGGUUUACACCCUGCUUAAAGUCUGAAGCACACACCCAAUCCAAUAUCUUUUUGAUAAGUUUGACUGACCAGAGGGUGCACGUCUGCCAUAUGUAAAAUAAAAUUAAUCUAGUAUUUAAAUGUCCUACAGGUAUAUGUGGGGGGCGUUUUUGGCUUGCCCUGUUACUACUUUUUAAGUUUUCUCAUGCAUUUCAUUUUUAAAACAAUACUAUGGAUUCUGUAGUGACUGUUUUUUUUUUUUGUUUUUUGUUUUUUGCAAAGUAUGAAAUGAAAGCUACUGCCUCCCAUUACACCAAGAUAUUGUGGUUUUGCUCUUAUUCAAAUUUGUCCGAAGUGUUUUGCGUAUGAACUUGGACAAAUUAUGAAGUACCCAUUAUCUCUUAUGUCUAUAAACUGUAGGUGUAACCUGCAUUUAUAUUAUUAAAGCAUGUCUAGAAUGCAAGAGUCGUGUAAUUUUUACAAUAUCCAAUAAGACCUGCAUAAAUAAGUUUACAGCAGUACAUUUACUGUUAUUGAGUAGAAGUUUGAAUUGGUUAAUAUAAUGUAGCUAAACUCUAGGAAUGCUGACAAGGUUGUGCACCAAAGUGUGAGUUGCCUGUAAUGCAGAGUGAAUUUCAGAUUUUGGAAUUAAACAGAUUCUCACAAACCUACAGCAAACCACUGCAGAGCUAAUGCGUGACAGGAAUCGGGCCUGGACAGCAUUACCAAAACAUUAGAUACAAGCUGGGUUGAGCCAGCUGGCCUGGUAAUAGUUUCUUAUCUCCAAAACCACAGUUCCCAAGUGUUCUUGUUUUUUUUACCUGAGAAAAGGUAUGGAGCUCUUCUAAUUUAUAUGAAAAAUCCCAUAAUUAAUAUGUAUUGCACACAGCCAUGUGGAAAGCAUGACUAUAUUAAACAAUAAACGACAGGAUUUGUUUAAACACCAUAUGCAUUUUAUUUCUUUUACAAUAUAAGCCAGCGUACACCUAAACGAAAGGCAUAGCUAAGUCGUUGCAUAUAUGUUUUUUUUUGACUAUGUAUUGUUCUAAUUUAAAAACUUGAACAGUUUGUUUUUCAAGUACAAAUGCAUCAGUGUCUGAAAACAGAGUACACAUUAUGGUGGCUGCAGUCUAAUAUAGUCACCUCUUUAUUAAUUUCACACAGCUGAUAGUAUUUUUCAUAUCCAACUAAAGCAUAUUUAUUAAAAGAUGUAAAGUACGUAAAUCACUGUAAAUAAUCAUACCCAGCUAGAGUAUCAUGCAGUUAUGCACUAUGGCAGUGCGGACUGAACAUAAUUGGAUGUCGAGCUAGACAAUGGCAGCUAGUGAUGGUAAAGGGGAGGAAAUACAUUUAUUUCUAAAUAAAGUAUAUACUCCACAAAAUCUACCUCGCCAACAACAGCCAUCUCUCAAAAGCUAGCUGGUCAAGAUUAGAUUGGCCUUUGCAAAAAAUAGCUGUUGUCAUGUUUCUUUUAACAUCUGUACUAAUUGAGUUUUGUGCAGUCUGGGAGUGGGGUGGGGGGCAUAAGUCUGCCCCUGGGUGACAGCCUGUCACUAUUAGUAGUGUGUCGUCCUCCUUUACCUGGGUCUAGCAGGGGGGAAAAACGCCUCACUGACACAGGCAGUGAGAUUUGAGUUAUAAAUCACAACAUAACAGUGAUUGUUAAACUGUAGCUAGUUAGAUAUAUUUGUAUUACUGUAUUUCAUUAAAGGGGCACUGUAGUCACCAGAACAACUACAGCUUAUUGUAUUUUGUUCUGGUGAGUAGAAUCAUUCCCUUCAGACUUUUUGCAGCAAACACUUUUCACUAAUGUAUCUAACACUACGGCAUUUGUUAGUACUUAAUAGAUUACAAGAAAACAUUCUUGUGAAUAUGUCUGUUUAACCCCUUAAGGACACAUGACGUGUGACAUGUCAUGAUUCCCUUUUAUUCCAGAAGUUUGGUCGUUAAGGGGUUAAGGAUGCACAGGAAAGCUAAGUAUGAAAAAGUGAGUAAGCUCAGUUGCCAGUCAUAGAGGUAUUGUAUUAUGAGUUUCCAGAUCUACUGGAUCUUUCCUGUUUUCCUGGGCAAAUAUCACGUGCUCAUAUUCUUGGGCAGCCCAUUAAAAGGGCUGUUUUGUAUGACAUAAUAUUCAUAUGCUGACAAACCUUAAUCAUUGACCAAGAAGAAAUCCAAAGGAAUGGCUGGAAUUUUAUCCAAUUUCUCUCCAGAGCCAUGUAAAUUCCUCAUUAAGUAGGGAAGAGGUUUUCAUGUGAUGAUCAAUAUGAGAGUGUCCAGGAUAUAUGGUGGUCAUCUGGUAACCAACAUGAAAGUAUGAAAAUUAACAAUUUAUAUAUAAAAUAAAUUGUUGGGUUAAAUUGUACAUUUCCUAUAAGAAUAUAUUUUGCUUCUGAAUUCAAAUAAAAGUAUAUUUAACAGAGAGGUGACUAUCGAAAGAAUCCGUUUUGCUGCAAAAAGUGGGGUAUGUUACUGAAAUUUAAGGCUCGUAACUAGUGAUGCCGCGAACCGUUCGCGAACUUCCCGCGAACGGUUCGCCACGAACCGUUCACGGCGAGCUCCGGUCAGCUGACACAUCCCGGCCAAUCUCCAGCAGACCCUCCCUCCC